AUGGGAUUCCUCAGCCGUCUAAUCCACCCGAGCUCGAACGCCAACUCCUCCACGGCGACGGCCGCACCCAACCCAGCCGACAAUAAUGCACGUCCCCAUGUGCACCGAACAACCAGCGCAAGCUCCACCAAAAGACACCACGACCGCGCCGCCGAAGAACGCAUAUUCCGCCAUCUCAUCCUCAUCUCAGACACGCGAUACGUCGGCCCGCGCUGCGUCCAGCCCUUCCAGGCCGAGGGAUUCGACGUCACACACAUCCCAUUUGGGGGAGGUGGUGAUUUCGAGCGGGAUCGCAAGGCGUUGGAGAAUCUCGUGCAUGAGAAGGAGGAUGAGUUGGAGACGGGGGAGAGAUAUGCGAUUGUUGGUAUGUUCUCCGACCUAUUCAUGGGAACUAAACGGGAGAGGGAAAUGCUGAUGGCUGACAAUGAAAAAAAAGCAUAUCACCGUCCUGCAUAUCUCCUCCUUGCAUCGCACCAUCUGAGUGCCAGCAAUACGAAUCCGUUUCCUCUACUGUGUGCGCUGAUUGCCUAUUAUCCUCUCCUAACACCAAAAUCAAACCCCACUGGUGGGUACACGGCCGUUCAUAGACAUGAAGCAAGCCAAUUCCAAAAACAAGAUGAUAAUGAGGACGACGAAGAAGAGGAUCACCAACCAGCCUGCAUGAAAACAGACACCAUAUUCUCCCCCGAAACAAAAACGACCUACCUCCCCAUCCAGAUCCACAUCGCGGGCCGCCAUCACCCAGAAUGCAACAACGGUGGAUGUCCAUGGCCGUGGAUAAGCGCCAGUCCUUCUGAAGGAGACGUCACCUAUAAAAAGCGGCAUCGAUGCUACGUAUUCGAAUACCCGGAACCAGACCCAGGGCCUGUAUUAGACAAUGGCUUGGAAAACGACGCGGCUAGCUCGCAGCUGGCGUGGAGCCGUAUGCUGGGCUGUCUACGGCGUUCGUUUGGAGUAGGUGCCCAUUGGCCGGUGCAGGGGAUUGAGACCGUUUGGGAAGCCUAUUGGAUGAGAUUAUGGAGUGGAAAGCACAAGAUUGAAAAAGCGCAAUCGGCGACGGGGUUGCUUGUGGAUGAGAGGCAUGGGACUUGGGCAGAGGACUUGGGGGUGGAAUGUGUUCCUACUGCUGGUGGUGGUGAGUUUACUGUCUUAUUUCUUUUUUACAUUGUUGGAAGGAAGGAUGCUGAUCGAUUCCAGGAAACAACGCGCCAACCCUCGGAUCCUUCUUUUCUCACUCAUUCAUCUCAACUGGCCCUGCAAGCCAGCACAUUCGGCUUCUGUCCAGAACAGUAG